AUGGGCUCCCGUCAUGAGAUAAACUCCAGCGCUGUGCGUAAACGCAUAGAGAAUCAUGACUUCAGCAAUGAAGCGGGCGACGAGUAUGAGGCUUCCAGCUUUGGAGGCUUCGGAGAUUACAUGCGACGAAAAAAGAUGAAGCUGCAGAAUCUCGAUGCAGAAAUUCGAGCUGCAGCUGGUGACUCUCCACCAAUCUUUCGUGGAGUAGUUGCUCAUGUUAAUGGGUAUACCCAGCCUUCCCUGUCAGACCUUCAUCGAAUGAUUGUCAGUCAUGGGGGUGGGUUUCUUCAAUACCUAGAUGGCAAAACUACAGCGACUCAUAUCAUUGCCAGUGCUCUGACACCCAAGAAGCGAGAGGAAUUUCGCCGGUAUCGCAUAGUGAAACCUGCGUGGGUAACGGACAGUGUCAAAGCAGGACGCUUGCUACCAUGGGACGAAUAUAGAAUUGUAGACGAGGGACACGCACAAAGGGUGCUGAAGUUUGACGAUGGCCAGUUCACGAGCCAGACAAACACUCCCCGUUUGGGCUACAAGGACCAAUCAAGAACCAGCUGGUAUAACACCCAACUGCGAGAGAUGAGCACCGCUCAAACUGGCCUUGACACUGGUUCCGCUCCCGUGACACCAUCUGUACAUUCGAAACCUUCACAAAUGCAGGUGGUCACCCCGGCUGUGCCAAGCCAGCAGUCCCAAUCCGAUUAUGGCGAUUUCCCUAGCUCCAUAAUCAAGGAGACAGAAGCUGAAGUCACACCUCGAACAAGGACGGAUCACGCCAGUGAUGACGUGGAGCCCGCUCAGAUCCCAGAGAAAGCACUGGAUUUCGACCCAGACCCUGGAUCGACCGAUUUGCCCGCUCCAGCUACACUCACCCGAACUGCAAAUUCUACCAAAGCUGAUCUCACAUCCGAAGAGUACAAUGCACAGCUCCUCUUGGAUCCCCGGAUGCAGAAAUCGAGCGUGGUAAAUCCGGACUUUCUGCAGCAAUAUUACAAAGAGUCGAGGCUUCACCAUCUAUCCACAUGGAAGGCGGAGUUGAAAGCCCAACUACAGGCAGCAACCAACGAGAAAACACAAUCCCAUGCGUCAAAAAGGAAGCCUUUAUCUGGCGUGAGACGGUAUAUCCUCCACGUGGACUUCGACUCGUUCUUCGCGGCCGUUUCACUUCUCAAGCACCCUGAACUCAAAGACAAACCGGUGGCUAUCGCCCAUGGCUCCGGUUCGGGGUCAGAAAUUGCUAGCUGCAACUAUCCUGCUCGUGCACAAGGUGUGAAGAAUGGGACGUGGAUGAAAGGCGCUUUGGAAUUAUGCCCUGAUCUCAAAGUUCUUCCUUACGAUUUUCCCGCCUAUGAAGAUGCAAGUCGCAAAUUCUAUAGCGCGAUACUUGCUAUAGACGGGACUGUGCAGAGUGUCAGUAUCGACGAAGCUUUGAUUGAUGUUACAAGCAUGUGCUUGGAUGCUGGUGGUUCCGACGGGAGGAAUGUAUCAGAAGGCUCAGUUGAUCGCGAGCAAGCCAAAGCAGAUGAUAUUGCACUGGAAUUGCGGAAUUCGAUCAAAGAAAAGACUGGAUGUGCGGUAUCUGUUGGAAUUGGUAGCAACAUUCUGCUCGCUAAAGUUUCGCUCAGGAAAGCAAAGCCUGCUGGGCAGUUUCAAUUGAAACCAGAUGCUGUUUUGGAUUUCAUUGGAGAGCUCACAGUCCGUGAUUUACCAGGAGUGGGCCACAGCAUGGCGGCGAAGCUUGAAGAAAUGAAUGUGAAGUUCGUUAAAGAUAUCAGAGCUCUACCGAAAGAGAGACUGAUAUCUGGCCUGGGACCCAAGACCGGGAUCAAGAUGUGGGAAUACGCUCGUGGGAUUGACCGGACAGAAGUCGGUGACCAAGUCAUCAGAAAGUCUGUUUCAGCCGAGGUCAAUUGGGGCAUUCGAUUUGUCAAUCAGGAUCAAGCUGACGAUUUUGUACGGUCGUUGUGCGCGGAGCUGAACCGAAGGUUGAUGGAAAAUUUGGUCAAGGGAAAGCAACUCACACUCAAGGUCAUGAGACGAUCUAUGGAUGCUCCUCUCGAGGCAGUCAAACAUCUCGGCCAUGGCAAAUGCGAUACCUUCAACAAAAGUGUUGCUCUCGGGGUUGCAACAAAUUCACCAGAUGUCGUUGCAAAAGAAGCGAUCUCAAUGUUGAGAAGCUUUAACUUCUCCCCGGGGGACCUGAGAGGUCUAGGUGUACAGAUGACCAAGCUUGAACCAUUCAAAACUGGCUCCUCGGGAAUGGAAAGCAGCCAGCGACAGCUCAACUUCAAUAUGUCCCCGCCUCGCAAGAAAGAAAUCCCACCUGCUGAUCCUGACGAACUGGAGAGUCCAAACAAAGACGAAUCCAAGCGGAUCCAAGCGGACCCAGUCCUCAGCGACAGUGCACAUAAACCGCUAAAUAUCUCGGGAUCUCAGUUCAUCAUGCCUACACAGGCAGAUCCAAAGGUGAUUGCCGAGUUACCGUCAGAUAUCAGGUCAAAACUUGUUGCGCAAUCAAAGCCGCGACACAAUCCGCGCGCAGGUUCUCCAUGCCCUCCUCCGCGCGAGGCUCGAUCAGUGGAGCAAGUAGACCUGCCUCCCCAGUCCCAACUCGACCCUGAAACAUUGGCCGCAUUACCUGAAGAUGUUCGUAAAGAAGUGCUGGGGUAUUACCAACAAUCUGCCUCUGUGGCCGAGACCUCACCCGAACCAAUCAUGCCCGAAUCGCAGCCACCCCUCCCUCUUCCUGGCCCUUUGAAACCUAGGAGGCCAGUGUCUCCACCAAAAAAGAGACGGGGGCGCCCACCCAAGUCGGUCACGCUUGCUAAGAAUGCAAAAACUCAAACACUGAACCAGUCAGGCUUCGGAUUUGUUUGCCCACGACCAGUGGCCGCGCCUAUCAGUGUUGAGCAGGCGACGUCCAGACAGCCUUCACCAAACAUUGAAGAGCCGGCUGAAGUGUCGGCCGAUUUUCUUGCAGCACUACCCGAGGAUAUAAAGCAGGAAAUUCUCGAAGAGCAAAAGCGGAAUCGCAUGCAGCAGCGCCCACGGGCCACGACACCCGCCCAAAGACCACCAUCUCGACAACAGGAAGCUCCUUCCACCUCGGCGGUGGUUGAGAAACGUCUUCCUCUUCCGGCUCUCCCGCAACGACCGGUGUUUACAUCACAGCGUCUUUCAGAGUUACCAGAUCUUCGAGAUGCUGUCGGCGCAUGGCACGAAGCAUUUGCAGCUGGUGGUCCCUAUGACGAAGACGUCACCUCGCUGUGUACAUACCUGACUAAUGUGACGGUGAACGAAAAGGACAUAGACAAAGCGGUUUCAGUCAUACGCUGGCUGAUGUGGUUGAUCGAAGAACACCUGCAACAAGAGCCCGAGAAUGCCCAAGGGUCGCGACCCGAUGGAACUAUCUCAUGGGAUGUGGCUAUACGACUUAUGCAGGAUAGUGUACAGGCAGCCAUGGAAAAGAGAGGACUACCCGAGGUAGACUUCUCCUGA